AUGGCAGCUUUUUCAUAUCAAUACAAUCCUUUCCUUGUUGAUCACUCACACUCACCAUUCAUGUUCAACAUAAACACUACUUCUCCUCCUCUUCCUCUUCCUUCACAGUUUCAUCCUCUUCAUCAAGAUAUUAUUAACUGCGUUGAUCAUCAAAGCUCCAAAGUUAACACCGUCACUGAAAAUGAACCUUCUUCUCUCACCAAAAAUAUUAGUCCUCAGUCCUCCAUGGUAUUGGACAAGCUCGAAACCGGCGACGAGCAGGUUACUCAGAAACUUAACCCUACGGAGAAAAAGAGGAGAACUAGAAACAAUGGACCUUUCUCAACUAAACCCAAAUCUCGAGAAAUUGCAGCAGAAGGUAGAAACAAAAAACAGAAGAAAAACAAAGAAGAUGAGAGAAAGUGUUUGGAUGAGCCUCCAACUGGUUACAUCCACGUCAGGGCAAGAAGAGGUCAGGCCACUGAUAGCCACAGCCUUGCUGAAAGGGUUAGAAGAGAGAAAAUAAGUGAAAGGAUGAAGAAGUUGCAACAACUCGUGCCAGGCUGUGAUAAGGUCACUGGAAAAGCCCUUAUGUUAGAUGAAAUAAUCAACUAUGUUCAGUCUUUACAGAAUCAAGUAGAGUUUUUAUCAAUGAAACUUACUUCUGUGAAUCCUAUGUUCUAUGACAUGGCAACAGAUCUUGACACUUUCAUGGUUAGACCAGAGAAAUUAAAUAACUUAGCAUCGCCAUCACCACCACUAUCAUCAUCAGUGUCACGUUGCAACAGUCCCAAACAAGGCACAGUUUUUGCUGAUACAACCACCGUGACUCCAACCAACAUUUUCCAAACUACUAAUGAUUACAACCACCUUUUAGAUACUUCAGCUUCAAUUUUUCUUCAAGGACAGAGAUCAAAUGUUGUGUCUGAGGAUGGUAGCCAUUUUUGGGAGGUAGAAGAGCAACGACAAAAGUUUCUUAAUUCACAUGGAUUCAACAACAACUUAUGUUCAUUUUCAUUAAUUUAA